AUGUCAGUGGAAAUGCACAUUGACGUUAAUCAACAUUUGGGCACGAGCCCCCUUUAUCACUUCUUGCGAAGGAGUAGAAAACAUGGAUCCGUGACCACCUGGGUGGUAGCGGAGCUGCCAAGAGGUCAGCAGCGUUCAGGUACGUUGAGGAUCUUGAAGGCAGUCAUGAGUGGAGGCAAAGAAGAAGGUCAAGACAAAAGAAAUUCCUUAGAGACAUUUGACGGAAGUGAUGCUUCUCUUUAUCGUCGGUGGCGACGCAAAGCAGAGCUGUACCUCAUGGGAUUGCCCACAACAGUCCCAGAAUCUCGAUGGGGUCCUAGACUGUUAGAGCAUGUUGCUGGCGAAGCAGAAGAGGCACUAGAGCAUCUUGAUGUUCACACGAUCACCUCUGACAAGGGGUAUAAGGAAGUCUUCAAGGUGCUCGAUGACAAGUACAAGGAGUUGGACAAGGAUGAGAUGCAGAGAUGUUUGAAGGAGUACUUCUAUGCUGCAACGAUCAAGCCCAACGAGACCUACCGGAAUUUUGUGACCAGGGUGGACACAGCAUAUCGAGGUCUUCAGAGACACAAGAUAGAACUUCCGGAUGAGGUACGUGGUUGGAUUGUGCUUAGAAAGCUAGCUCUCGACAGCACCUCGGAGGCUCUAGUCAUGACUUCGACCAAGGGUUCUCUGAAGUAUGCUGAAGUUGUUCAAGCAUUGAAGGCAGUGUUUCCCAAUGGCAAGGGGAGCAGCAACAUCAAGUCCAAAGACAAGGAUGUUUUCCUGGCCAGCGAGGAAAGGAUGACAGAAGUCGAUGGACAAGCUGGAACACCGGAAGAAGCCUUUUCCGUUGAAGAACCAGCGGAAGUCAUGGAAGUGAUCUCAAAUCAACUUCACGAGGUCUCUGACUAUGAGUCUGAAGAUGCCCUGGAGAUCUUCGAGACAUAUGCCAAUGUUCGCAAAAAGAUGCAGGAAAAGAAGAUGUCACGAGGAUACAAGCCAGUUGGUCGAGGACCAGAACAAUGGAAACUGGAGGGCUCAGUGAGAGGCCGGAUUGAACUCUUGAAACAGAAGACACGCUGUCAUCAUUGCCGUCGCACAGGGCAUUGGAAGAAGGAAUGUCCCUUGAAAGCGCAGAGCUCCAACUCAGGCAAGAAGGUGGCUCCUAAGACAGGAACUUCCCAAGAGGUCAACAUCAUUGAAGAGAUGGUGGACGGGGAGAAGAUCUUUGAGAGCUACAUCCUUGAUGAGUCUGAGAUUCAGAAGCCAGGCCCAGAGACGAUGUCAAAGAAUGACGUGUUGAAUGGUCGCAAAGGCCGGAAGGAUGAAUGGAGCUAUGAUGAGAAGACUAUGUGGCUGACUCGAAAUCACCAGACGGUGAGAAAAGGCAUGUUCACACCACAUGGAGUCCGGGAUAUUCCGGUGGAUGAGAAGAGCUUGACCGGAGAUCGCGUCACAGUCAUGAAGAAUGUGAAGACAGGAGCAGUGGAGGAAAUAUGUGACAACUACCACACUGCAAAAGUGCCACACCAGAAAAUGAACUACCAGUGGACUGGUAUGACCAAGUUCAAGGUUGACGCGAUGAAGGACCACGGCAAGUUGAUCGCCGCGACCCAGGUGGAUCACGAGGAAAUGUUGGUCAAGUACGAGAAGGAUGUUCUCGAAAUAGUGAGUGAGGGGGCGCAGCCGAGUUUUGCCACAAGUGAGCCUGUAGCCGGGCUUGACACCCAUGCAGUUCCCGACACUGCGUGUCGACGCACGCUCAUUGGGGAUUAUGUGCUUUCGCCAUUGCACACCACUGCUUUUGUCAAAGGAGUGCAAAUGUCUGCGCUGGCGCAGCAGCUGAUGCAGACGCUGGACUUCACAGAGGAGAUCACGGUGACAGCGGAACUGCUGGACCGCCUGAGCGAUUGCAGCGAAGACGAACCAGAAGUACCCGUAUCGGGCCAAGAGAUGAUGAAAGCUGGCAAGUACCAGAACAAGAGCACCAUGGCCGAGGCAUACACCACCGACAAGAAGCAUGUGAAGUGGGUGAGGAACAAUGUGAAGGCAGAGACAUCAGGACAAGAGAUGCGCAGGUAUCGCCUGUAUGUGGAAAUGCGGGAUCAAAUGAAGACCAAGCGCAUUGUGGAGAAUCAGGACUACAAGAAGAACUCACAGCAUCCCAUUGUGAAGAAGGGUCUGACCGCAAAGAGUGCAGCGAGUCCCAAGAUGAUUGCCAAGAAAUCCGGGGGCUACAGCAGCACCGAAAUGCCACCAGAAGAAGGUCGUCGACGCGGCAGAGAAGGUUCUGGAUGGAUCAACGAGAUGUCAGGCCACGAGAUGGAAUGGGACGACGAGGUCAAAGAAAUGCUGGCCAACGAAGUCGAUCCCUAUGUCCAGAAACAGUGGGAGGCAAUUGUAGAGUGCCUGGAAUGGACCGACACCAUCAUGCUGGAGAAAAUGAACAAGGUGGCCGAGAUCAUGGGCAUUCAGGAGACAGUGAAGAUGUUUCGCCAUGUUCUGGAGCCCAAGGCUGAAGUAGCCGAAGUGUUUUCAGCGCCACGAGUAAGUGCUGCAGCAGAGGCUGUGGGGUUGAAGUGUGGUCCAACAUAUGAUUUGAUCACUGGAACCGACCUGUCCGAUGAAAAAGAAAGAGCGCGCGUCCGUCAGGAGUUGGCAGUUAGGACACGUUUGGCUCAAGAGUAUCCCCGGAAAAUGGUGAAUGCGUUGCUGACUGGGUUUCUCAGGGAUAGAGAAGAAAGAAGAACUAGUCAUGCAGUUCACUGUGUUUUGGCAAUUGAACAGCUGGACACACGAGAUGAGAAGAAAAUUGCCAUGUUGUUGAAACGGUGUCAUGAGAACUUGGGACAUCCAUCUACUCCACGGUUUGUUGGCAUGUUGAAGAGUUCACGAGCGACAGAGCAGUGCAUCAAGAUUGCGAAGGGAUUGAAGUGUGCUACGUGUGAUCAGUUUCAAGCACAGAAGUCCCAUCAUGUGUCAAAGCCUGCACCGCUCUUGCACUUCAACGACUUGAUUGCUGUGGACACAUUUGAGGUUGAGUUGUCAUGGAGGAAGUUGAAGGUGUUGAACAUAAUUGAUGUUGCAACUCACUUUCAGGUUUGUGUUCCCUUGUGGAAAGGCAUCGAGGUUAAGAGAACCAGGGAGGCGUAUAGGAGGUACUGGAAGAGAUGGGCCGGAGCUCCUAAGAAAGUCCUGUCUGAUGGUGGACCAGAAUUUGGUCAGGAAUGGACUGAUGCUCUGAGCAGGGAUGGCUCAGCACAUGAUGGUCUCUGUUGCAUGUUGAAGCAGCAGAAGCUGUUGAGUCUGCUCUGGAACAAGGAGAAACGAUGCAUCAGCGAGCUCAUAGGUGCGGGGAAUCUUGUUGAGUUAGACCUGAGAGAAAAUCCUCCUGUGCAAGAACAGGAAGAAGGAAACUGGGUACCAGAGGUCAAUCAACAGGUUUCCUCACAGGUUGUUGAUCGACAGCUUGAUGAUGACAAUCUUGAAACCGAUGAUGAACCCAUGGGAGUUGUCAGUGAAAACAUCGGUGAGGAUACCGAGACUACAGUUCCAAAUCAGAAUGAAGCACCUAGAGUGCCAGCACAGGAACUGGUGGAGCCGGCAGUUGACAUGGAGAUGCAUGACAUGAAUCAGCAUGACAUGGACACGCAUGACAUGAAUCAGCAUGACAUGGACACACAUGAUGUAGGUCGACAUGUUGGUCAUGGUCGUGGCAUGAGUGGCGUUGAGCCCGAAAGAGAGAGAGAGAGACCCGAUGCCGAAGAUGUUGACGAUGCACUUGAAGUGCAAGUGUUGAGUGAAAAGCAUGAUCAUGGACAUGGGCAAGUUGGUGUAGGAUUUGAAGAGGUGUUUGUGACAAACAUGAAGAAGCAGAGUCGCAAGGAAAUCAAUCCAAAGACCUUGAGCCCAGAGAAGCUCAAGGAACUUGACUUGGCUAAAGCCAAGGAAUGGUCAAAAAUGAUGAACUCUGGAGCGAUCAAACUGCAUGUAGGAAAAGCUGCUAAGGAGUUGGUUGAAGAGGUAGGAGAAGCGAUGUCCAGAGCUCAAGGCAAGGUGUUGGUUCGAGUUCCAAAAGAUGGCAUUCCUGGAGUGGAAAGCGAUGCCAUUAUUGAACUUGUGAGCUUCCGACAGGAAAGACAGGUGUCAUCAACCUUAGGAGCUGAGCUGUUGACUAUGAGUAGGGCAAUAGCAGAAGCGAAAUGGAUGAGAUCCAUGUGGACUGAGAUUACAUGUCAGAACUACACUCUGGAGUCAGAUGGUUUGAGGUCAUUGAGAACUCCAAUCACGUUGAUGAUUGAUUCGAAACCUGCCUAUGAUCACCUUCAUGGACAGGCCAUGAGCAUCAAAGACAAACGACUGGCGAUAGAGAUGUUGUUAGUCAAGCAAGACGUGGAGAAGGAAAACAUAGAAGCCAGAUGGAUUCCUACAGAUCAAAUGCUGGUAGAUAGUCUUACGAAGGUUGGUGCUCCAAUGUGUCUACUGAGAAGAGUGCUCAAGGAGGGCAGAUUCGUUUUGGUCCAAAACGAAGAGAUGCAGGGAUGGGCUGGCAAGAUAGCGAGGAAGUCUCAGCAUGGCUGA